UUUGCGUCAUACCAGAGUUUCAUUCUAUAUACCUUUUUUCUCAGCGGUUCUAAGCCCCUGAUGCGGCCGGUCUACGUCCGUGCCGGGCCCACGGCCCACGCGUGGUCACGUCUCUUUUAGAUAAUUAAACCAGUUUGCUCACCAUAGCAGCUUAAUAUUAAAUUCUGUAGUGCGCAUUUACUCUCGUAUCUAAAUUAUAAUUUCUAAAGAUUAAUAAGCAACGGUAACCGCUUACAUCCCAUCUCUCUGGUGCUAAUUACUAAAACUAUUGGUCUAUAUUUACUCCAACUGAUUGUCUGAAGGGAAGCACCAUCCACAAUAUGGUUAGUAAUCACAAUGGCGAACGUCGACCAGUUGCUGCAGCAUGUUGCCCAGAAUGUAGAGAGACAGAUUGACAGUGAAAUCGAAAGAUUAGACGCUCUGGAAAGUGGGGAUCUAGAGGCGAUCAGACAACAACGCAUAGCUGAAAUGAAAUUAAGAGCAAAGCAGAAACAAGAGUGGUUGGCCAUUGGUCACGGAGAAUACACAGAGAUCGAUGGAGAGAAAGAGUUCUUUGCCGUUUGCAAUAAAAGUCAGAAUGUCGUGUGCCAUUUCUACAAGUCGGACUCGCCCCGCUGCAAGAUCGUGGACAUGCACCUCAAGAUCUUGGCCAAGAAGCACAUCGAGACGCGGUUCGUGAAGUUGGACGUGGAGAGAGCGCCGUUUCUGACCGGUCGGCUUAAAAUACGCGUGAUCCCAACACUAGGACUAGUGAAGGACAAUAAGACUAAAGACUUCAUAGUCGGUUUCACUGAUCUCGGUAAUAGGGACGACUUCUCAACGGAUAUACUGGAGUGGAGGAUCGCCAGAUCUGAAGCAAUAGAGUAUUCUGGUGAUCUGUUGGUCCCUCCAUCGGAAGCCAAGAAACAGAAAUCCUUACACAUUCAGAGCAAGAAGACUAUCAGAGGCCGGGAUGAGAGUGAUUCUGACGACUUUAGCGAUUAAACAGUAUUUUUUUGUAUGAAGAGUGUAUCAUAUUAAGUCUCCCACAAUAUUACAGCGCUACGGUUAGUCCAUAUACUCUUGAUUCUGCCACUGAAAUCUGGUGGAAGACUAAAAUGAAGAAAUAAAGAAAUGUACCCCUAAUUUCGUCAUUGUCAAUAAUCUGUUCUCUGGAUCAAAUUGUUCGUAUUUUUUUAAAUAAAAUUAUGUUUAAUAAUUGUC